AUGCAUUUUGCAGGCAUUGGAUCUCAGAACCGGAACCGGGUGGUGAUUACCGCCCCAAAAUUUGGCGGAGUACCAUGCGGCAACCUCUCAGAGACGCAGCGUUGCACCAACUUCUGCAUGGAUUGCCAACUCUCCGACUGGACGACCUGGGCCAGCUGCAGCAAAACAUGUGCUGGUGGCAGCCAGUACGUACAGCGUGCUUCCAGCAGCUUGAUUCAGCUCGAAGCAGGCUCUGAGUCGUCCACAGGAGCUUGGGGCUAUCAGAAGAAGAUGGGCGUGAGGUGUGAUCCAAAGCAUCAGAGAAGCACGGAUGGGGUAGGAACCCCGCAGGAAGCUGAAGCACUAUGCAGUGCUGAUCCUACAUGUGGAGGUCUGUAUGAUCGUGGCUGCGAUAACUGGGUGACGAUGUGUGAUGCAAAUUUUACGCUCGAAAGUGAGGAAGGUUCCUGCUCUUACCUCAAGAAGGAGAUUGGCCGCGGUGAGCCAUGCCAAGGCAACAUCAGCGAGACCAUGACCUGUAAUGAGCAGAUGUGUCCAGUGGACUGCGUCAUGACGGAUUGGACAGACUGGUCGCCCUGUGAUCCUUUCUGCAACGGCACGCAGAAGCGAGAAAGGAACAUCUUAAAGCACGCAGCAUAUGGCGGCACCCCGUGCGGUCCAACCUUGGAGGACCAGAGGUGUAGCAACUUCUGUGUGGAUUGUGCCUGGACCGACUGGACCCUUUGGCCAGCAUGCACGGUAUCCUGCGGAGGUGGUACUGCGCAGAGGACCCGCUCGGUGGCCGUGCCCAAGCAGGGAGGCGGUCAAGAGUGUAGCGGCAGCGGGGAGGAAACCAAGACCUGUAGCGAGCAGGAUUGCCCAGUGGACUGUGAGUUCUCAACCUGGACCACGUGGACCUCCUGCCAGCCAUACUGUGAAGGCUCGCAGACCCGGCAGCGAAGUGUCACCCGGAAGGCUGCUUUCGGAGGCAAGUCAUGCAAUUCCCUGGCAGCUGAAGAACCUGGCUUCACUGGGGGCGUCACGAAACAGAUCCGACAGUGCUCCAACUUGUGCAGAGAUUGUGGUUGGCUGGACUGGACGCCCUUUUCCUCCUGCUCUGCAACUUGCGGAAACGGUACCAGGAGUCGCAGCAGGGACCAACUCUUUGUACUCCGCACCAACCGCUCAGGUACAAUAUCUGCCUUUGCUGAAGAGCCCGCGCGGGUCUAUGGCUAUGAGCUUCAGAUGAACAUGCGCUGCGACGUGGCCAGUCGUCGUGAUGGCUCCAUGGUCUAUGCAGCCGCCAGGGACAGGUGCGAUUCCGAUCCAACCUGUGGAGGAGUCUAUGACGAGGGAUGUGAUGGGACUGUUGUGUUGUGCAACGUUGGCUUCAGCCUGCAUGAAGAAGCAGGCUCCUGCAGCGCGACAAAGUUGGAAAUCGGAGGCGGCUCUCCUUGCGAGCAGGUGCAGAAGCUCCAAGUGGAGCACUGCAACACCGCGGCCUGUCCGCGGGAUUGCCAGUACGGUGACUGGAGCGCGUGGACAGUUUGUGAACCAUGGUGCAAUGGGACACAAGCCCGCAACCGGGGAAUUGUCCUUGAGGAAGAGGAGGGUGGAAAGCCGUGCUUUGCGACUGCAGAAUCUCGCGAAUGUAGCAACCACUGCGUCAAUUGCAGGUGGGCGGAUUGGUCAUCGUGGAAUGAUUGCAGUGCCUCCUGUGGUGGCGGGAACCAGACACGUGCUCGGACCGUCACUGUGCCCAAGGAAGGCCGAGGUGAAGAUUGCGUGGGCAAUGACACAGAGACCAGAACCUGUGCAGACUUGAAUUGUCCUGUGAACUGCGAACUCAGCGAUUGGACAGCCUGGUCCAGCUGCCAGCCGCAUUGUCUGGGCGAGCAGAACAGAAGCCGCAAGGUCUUGUCACACCCGAGGUAUGGAGGUGCAGCAUGUGGCAGUUUGGCGGAACAGCGCAAGUGUGCCAACCUUUGCAUGGACUGCAUGCUCUCCGGUUGGGAGGAGUGGGGCGACUGCAGUGCCAGCUGUGGUGGUGGCCGCCGCAAGCGCUUGCGGACGGAGACCUAUGUCAGCAGGAACCAGACCGGUUCCGCAAGCUCCUCCUCCCUGUUGGAAGUCAACAUGCAGGCGAUUGGAUAUGAAAAGAAGAUGGGUGUGAAGUGCGACGAGGCCCACCAACGCGACCUUGGUGUGUCUGGGCAGCCGCCACUUACAGCCCAGGCGUCUUGCAGUGGAGAUGCUACUUGCGGGGCACUUUAUGACAAAGGCUGCAAAAACUUCUGGGCCGUUUGUGAUGCUGGCUUCGUUCUGGAAGAAGAAGAGGGAUCAUGCUCCUACAUCAAAAAGGAGAUUGGUGAGGGAGAAGCGUGUGAGGGCAACAUUGCGCAGAAUGAGGACUGCAACAUUGAGAAUUGCCCCCUGGAUUGCGAGUACACUGAAUGGACCGAAUGGUCAACAUGCGAGCCGUUCUGCUCCGGCCUCACAAACAGGACACGGAACAUCACCAGGGAGCCCCAGAACGGUGGCUUGCCCUGCUCACUCAAGGCACAAGUCAACAACUGCACAAACUUCUGUGUGGAUUGCGAGUGGGGUAGCUGGACACAGUGGAGCAAUUGCUCCACGUCCUGCAACAGCGGCACGCGCACACGGAGCCGAGAAGUUGCCGUGCCAGCAGACGGUGGUGGCAAGAAGUGCAGCGGCAAUGGCACCGAGGUUGGCAUCUGUGCCGACUUGAUUGCAUGCCCGGUUGAUUGCGAAAUGACGGACUGGGGUGGCUGGACGCCUUGCACGCCAUACUGCGAUGGUAAACAGCAGAGGAGCCGGUCCAUCAUAACUCAGCCAUAUGCAGGGGGCGCUGCCUGUGGCGAGACAGCGGAGGAGAUGAGCUGCAACAACACCUGCGUUAACUGCCAACUGACAUCAUGGACAGACUGGUCUGAGUGCUCAAAAACUUGCUCGGGUGGAACCCAGCACAGGUCUCGUGGCAUCUUGAAGCAGGCGGAGGGCCAGGGCACACCCUGCCCAACGGAGCUGGAACAGACCAAGGAGGACAUGUGUGCACCCUUGGACUGCCCAGUUGACUGCAUUUGGGGUGAUUGGUUACCAUGGAAUGGCUGCAGUGUGACUUGCGGGGAGGGCACCCAAGACAGAACAAGAGUGGAGGUGGUCUCUGCGCAAUAUGGAGGCCUUUGUGACAAGGGGUGCGACUUGCGAAGGGAGCAGCAGGGAGUGGCGUGCUUGCGACGUCGAGAUCUGCCCGGUGGACGCCAGCUGCUUGUGCCAGUUGCUCGUACCAGUGUGCUGGACCAGUCCAAGGUGGAGAUUGGCAACUUUCGCUUCCGCUGCAGUGACGUGCUCGGCAGGGGCUCCUAUGGUGAGGUUUGGAGGGCCCAGGUGCUUAGCGCAAAGGACCAGCAGGAGCCUUCAGAAGUCGCCUUGAAGGAGGUUCUCUGCCGUAACCAAAGUGAGUUGCGACAGGCAAUUUUCGAGGUGCAGGUGCUCCUUGCCUUGGAGCGUGCCGCAUCGCCACACCGGCUAAAGCUCCGGGUGCCACGCUGCAUUGCCUACAAGGUGAAUAUGUGUUCGGGCGGCUGGAAAGUGCGAACAGCCAUGACGCUGGUGCCCGGACAAUCGCUGGACUACUUCCUGAGGCAGAAGCCUCCUCCUGGUUUCACAGUCUUAGCCGGCCUACGCAGAGCACUUAGUCUGGUGGCUUGUCUGUUGCGGGACAUCGGGCCAGCGCUGCAACUUUUAGGCCCGAUUGCUUGGCACCGAGACGUGAAUUCUCACAACAUUCUUAUUGAUGGAGCUCCGUGCGACCACGCUGAUAUCGGGGAUGCUUCGUUCUGGCUCAUCGACUUCGGCCUGGCAGUAGACUCCCAAAGUUGGGUCUCUGAGAAGGGUAGGUGGAGGACCGAGUACAUCGGUGGUGACAGCCGAUAUUGGCCGCCCAGCUCAUGGAUCAUGCAUCUGGUAGGUCCGGAGGGUUUCGACCACCGCCCAGACCUGUGCGACCAAUACCAGCGUCGCUUGGACAUUCACGGCUUGGGCGUCACUGCGCUGGAGUUGCUAUGCACAGUGGCCAUGGCCUGCCUGGCUGAUGAGGCUGAGGAGCAGGAGCUGCAGCCCUGGACUCCAAUCUUCCACGCUUGGACCUGCUAUCGUGAGGCAGUAUGGCAGUGGUGGGCCACGGUCUAUGCUGUCUUCUCCGUGGGUGGGGAUCUCGCUCCUGUUCAAGCACAACUUGUGGAGGAGCGAAUUGUCGAGCAGCUGUUGCUUCUCCUGACACGAAUUCGCAUAGCUCUGCGGAAUUGUGCAGCGCAGCUGCGAGAUGAUCAGCAAGCGCGACUUCUGCAAAUGAUUGCAGACAUGUUGGACGAAGGGAAAGCCUUCGAGCUCCGUGACAUCCAGAGGCUGGUCGGCGGCCCGAAGAUCGAGUGCCUCCGACGUAGCACCUCUGUGGUGUCGUCGUCGAAGGAGCCCAAGGAAUCACAGAAACGCUUCUACAGUGUGCCUACCAAGAGCCGCCAGGUGCCACGAAACGGUACCGUUCCUUCUGCAGUAAUUGCAACCACCGCUGGCCUCGACAAAUCGAGUCGCGGCCAUAGCCGAGAUGUGCUGGGCCAGAGCACGCGGACCUCACCAAUGAGGGGCUUGACUGCCAGCUGGCAAUCUCAAAUGGAUGCAGUGAUGACACGCAUGGCAAGCCUGAAAAGUCGCUUCCAGGCGCGGCCUGAUGUGGCAGCGCUCGACCAAAAACUGGCCGUCCUGCGCCGGAGCACUGUGCAGAAGGCCAAGCAGCGGCUGCAGUGCUUCGUGAGAGCACCAGCAGCAACGCCUCUGGGAGGAGGUUGGGUCGAGCGUACGCCCGUUUACCUGUCCAGUGUGCGCUUCUUCCUCUGGUACGCAGCCCACUUUAUGCUUGAAGAUUGGUGGAGCCACUGGGGCAACUGCAGCGCGACCUGCGACAGUGGCUUCCAGUUUCGCAACAGGUCUGUGAGUGUGGAGAAGGUUGGAGAGGGUGCUGAUUGCGAUGGACAUGCAGAGGAGUCUGAACCUUGUGCCCAGCAAGGAUGUCCCCGAGACUGCAUAAUACACGAUUGGCAGCAGUGGUCAGACUGCUCGCAGAGUUGCGGUCCUGGGGGCAAGAGGAAGCGGAUUAGGGAUGCAGAAUCGGAGAUCGAAGGUGGCAGGCCAUGCAACGAGUCGAACGAGGAGUACGAGGUUUGCGGGCUGGCGGGCUGUCCUAGAGACUGCAUUUGGGGAGAUUGGGGUGGCUGGAGCAACUGCACCAAGAGCUGCGGCAAAGGUAUCGCUUUCCGGAACAGGAUUCAGCUGGUCGUGGCUGCCUACGGAGGAUCAUGUGUUGGCAGUGCCGUCCAGACCGAGUUCUGCAACUCCGUGCCUUGCCCAGAAGAUUGUACUUGGAAUGACUGGGGUGAGUGGACCACAUGCACACAGCCCUGCGGUGGAGAUGUGGCCGGGACAAGGUCACGACUUCGCACCAAGUCAGGCCCGUUCAAUGCUGGCGAGGACUGCGUGGGCUUCCCGACCGAGACGGUGGCCUGCAACGCGCCGGGCGGUUGCUCAGUCAAUUGCACGUGGGAGGAGCGUUGCUAG